AUGAUCAGAUAUUCAUUGUAUGAUGCCAAUAAAACUAAUAUCAGAAUCAAAUCACCGCUUCCUGUCUCGAUUGAAGAAAAUAAAUACACUUUUGAUUAUCCUUGCGAUGAUUCUUCCUUAUGCACUGAUUAUUUCAUUCGCCUGUCUCCUGGCUUCUAUAAAUUCGAAUUGUAUGGAGCAUCAGGAGGGAGUUAUACUGGCGAAGUCUCGACACAUCAUUAUGAAAAUGGUGUAUGUAUGGAUGAGAACUUCGUAAAACUUUUUAAUGGGAAUACAAAAUGCCGUCCAAAUCUUGAUUCCGGAGGAGCCGGUGGCUAUGUUAGCGGCUUGGUUAACAUCAAGCAUUUUUUGCAAAUAUAUGCCACUAUUGGCGGUAGUGGGAAAUAUAUUGCAAUUCCAAAUUUGCCAACCAUUAAAGGCAGCUUCAUAAAGGCUAACAUGGUUCCUGGUGGAUAUGGCGGUGGCGGAAGUUCGGCAGGCUAUUCUGGUGGGUCAGCAAGUGGUGGCGGCCAAACUUCUGUCAAAUUUUUGGAAAAUACCCUUUACCAUCGCGUGAUCGUGUGCGGCGGUGGUGGAGGGGCUGAUGACUAUAAAGAUUGGGAUUCUAGAGGUGGUUCUGGCGGUGGUCUUGUCGCUCAAGGAUGGUGGACUAACAAAGUUUAUGAGGGUCGUUAUCUCGCAAAUUCAUCUUUCGGAUUUACAUUUGGCAGCGGAGAAGCUGCACCUGUAGGAACUUCUAAAAAUCCUCAAGGAGUUCGAAACCCAGUCAAUGGCCUAGAUGAAUGCGGAGCUGGUGGUGGCUGGUUCGGUGGUUUUUCGAGUAUUCAUGGUAACGGCGGCUGUGGAGGCGGAAGUUCUUGGGUUUUGACUAAGAGUGCUUAUAUACCUCCUGGUGAUAUUGAAUCUCGUGAUGAGUUUUAUGAGAAUAAAGUUACAAGGAAAUAUAAUUUUAAUAAAAACUCCGAAUAUUUGUUUUCUGAGGUUCAGCAUGCUCCAGGAAUAUGGCAAGGAAAUGGACGGCUAAUAAUUACUUUUCUUCGAUAUGGCUUUAUUAAUAGUUGUCUAUUGAGGCCCUAUAUCAUGAAUUAUCUACUUGGAUAUUUUAUUUUAAUAUGUUAA